AGCAGUCAGAGUCAGACAGCGCCACACGCCCCUCUCUAUUGUCCAUUUGCCGCACCAAAUCGCCAGCUUCAUAGAUAUACAAAUAAGAAAGAGGCCAUUUUUCCAAAUCGUUGAAUUUGCCCCUUACUUCCCUCACCACCAACCCUUCAAUUUGUACGUUCAAUUGCAACUCACAUCUAUACUUAUUCAUCUUUCAGUCAUUUCCUCAAUUCGCAUGCAACCGCCAUUUUUCCGCCGUCAACUUUCUUGAAAUUCACUAUUUCCUCGGUUUCAUCGAACACCCCUUUUGAUUCUUGAUAUAUAAAGAAUGGCCUCCGCAGCAUUUCACCAAGCAGGUGUGGCUCUUCAAUCGCGCGGUUACUUCAGUAACUGUUGCCUCGAUCAGGAGAAUGGAAUCGCUUCAAUUAGGUCGAUUUCAAAAGGCAUCAAGCUAGAUAUUACUCUGACAAGAAGAGAGACUUAUUGCUCUAGGAGGAGGAGAGUCGCUGUGACUCAGGCAUCGGCCUCACACUCCACAACGGUCCCUGACCCGGUUUUGUCCCCAUCAAGUGGCACCCCAAGUGACUCCAAGAAGAAAUCAAAUGAAGCUGCACUGAUUCUGAUCAGGCAUGGUGAAUCUAUGUGGAAUGAGAAGAACCUGUUCACCGGUUGUGUUGAUGUCCCACUCACUGAGAAGGGAGUGGAAGAAGCCAUAGAAGCUGGCAAAAGAAUCAGCAACAUACCAGUCGACAUGAUCUAUACUUCUUCGUUAAUUCGUGCACAGAUGACUGCUAUGCUUGCAAUGACCGAACAUCGUCGGAAGAAGGUUCCAAUUAUUUUGCACGAUGAGAAUGAGCAAGCGAGAGCAUGGAGCCAGAUCUUUAGCGAAGAUACUAAGAAACAAUGCAUCCCAGUUGUAACUGCUUGGCAGCUAAACGAAAGAAUGUAUGGAGAACUACAGGGCCUGAAUAAGCAAGAAACGGCUGAUAGAUAUGGGACCAAACAAGUCCAUGUGUGGCGACGCAGCUACGACACACCUCCUCCAAAUGGCGAGAGUCUGGAAAUGUGUGCUGAGAGAGCUGUUGCAUACUUCACGGAAUUUAUUCAGCCUCAGCUUUUGUCUGGUAAGAACGUGAUGAUCGCGGCCCAUGGAAACUCACUCAGGUCCAUUAUCAUGUAUCUGGACAAGCUGACUUCUCAGGAGGUCAUUAGCUUGGAAUUAUCAACUGGGAUACCGAUGCUUUACAUUUUUAAAGAGGGUAGAUUUAUUCGCAGAGGUAGUCCUGUAGCACCAACUGAAGCUAGUGUUUAUGCUUACACUAAGAGUUUGGCUCAAUACAGGCAGAAGUUGGAUGAAAAGCUCCAAUCCUGAUGGAUCUAUGACUUUGCAUAUAUCGUUUUCUGUUAUGCGUUCCGACAAAAUUUCUUAGUUAAGAAAUCAGAAUUCUGGAAGAAGCACAGGCAACCGUUCUCUCAGCUUAAUGUUAUGCUGAUCCAUCAUCCCUGCGUGGCCUCUGUUUCUUCUUCCCUCUACCAGCUUUAGUGUCGUAUUUAAUCGAUUGAUUGUUGUAUCUGAACCUACAGAAACUUAUAAAAAAGGGCACUCUGAAGAGUGUUCUACCAUCUAGUUGCACUGUUGCAGAACUUCUGAAUUAGAUAUUAUUUUUUUGUAUAUUGGUAUUGGAACUCCAAUAAAUGAAACGUUUGAUGUGUUGCAUUAGAUUACGACAUUAA